AUGGACGGUCUCCUCAACUUCGCCGCUAGCCAGCUCUCGUCGCACAUGCAGCAGGGCCAGCAGGGCCAGCAGCAGCAGCAGCAGGGCAACAACAACGGCCAGAACUACCAGCAGAACCAGGGCCAGCAGCAGCAGCAGAACUACCAGCAGCAGGACAACAACAACAACGGCAACAACAACUACAACAACAACAACAACAACAACAACAACAACAACUACAACGGCAACGGCAACAACAAUAACAACAACAACAACAACAACAACAACAACCAGCAGCAGCAGAGCGGCGGUUUCCAGGGUGGUGAGCAGCACAACAGCCAGCAGCAGCAGCAGCAGCAGUCGGGCGGUGGUUUCCAGGCCCAGCAGGGCAGCGCUCUCAACUUUUCGUCGCUGCUCGCCGGCGCCAACGCGCAGCACGGUAACGGCGACGCGCUCUCUGGCCUGAUCCAGAACGCCAUGGGCCACAUUGGCAGCAACGUCAACGCCAACUCGUCGGUCAACGAGCAGCAGGUCCAGGAGAACCACGACCAGGCGUACAACCAGGGCAACGCGUCCAACAUGUCCGCGUCGGCCAUGGGCUCGGCCGCGGCCAUCCAGGCCUUCAAGUCGUUUGCGUCGGGCGGCGGCCUCGCGGGUCUCACGGGCGGCAACAGCAACGGCAACGGAAACGCCCAGGGCUCGUCGGGCUCGAUGGUGUCCAAGCUCAUCGGCAUGGCCAUGUCCGAGGCCUCCAAGCUCUUCGACAAGUCCGGCGGCGCCGCCAGCGGCGACAAGCAAGACGCCGUCAGCAGUGCAGGUGCGACCAUGAUGAAGCUCAUGGUCCAGAACCAGAUCUCGGGCGCCCUCUCCGGUGGCAGCAGCAGCGGCGGCGGCCAGGCCAGCCAGCUCCUCGGCCUCGCCUCCAAGUUCCUCAGCUAA